GGAUUCAGAUGUGCUGCUGCUGUCAGAUUUUCUGGAGAGUCCACACUGCAGACUGGAGACUCUGAGGUCAGACACCAUUUUUUCCUUCUGUGUUGAGAUUAAUAUGAUGUGAAAGUUGUGGUGACACUAAAGUGCAGACAUAAGGCUGAUGUUAUACUGAUCCACACUGAAGAUUAAAGUCUCUUUUCUUCUUCAGUGGUUUAGUCCAUUGACUGUGGCAGAGCAAUGUUGAGCUCCACAUUUAAAAGCUCAAUAUAACCAGAGACAUCUCCACUGGAUAAUUCACCCUGAACCUCUUUGUUACGUCCCGGCUCGAUAGGUAAAGAAAGCAACAUAAACUGGAUGUUUUUGGUGAAAAGGUGUUUAAUUGGAAAGUUAGAGUUUAACACAAAUGUAGAACCACAGUAAAGGGCCUUCUGGGUUCUGCUUAAACUAUAAAAACAACAGAACAGAAAGAGGUCUCCACUAAGAGAGACUUAUCAAUGUUAUCAAGCUACAGAAAAUAAAGUGAAACAAAAGAAGAUCUCUCAUCAGCUGCGUGAAGGCCGCAUGGCCGUCUGCAGUCGGUCUGUGUGAUGCGGAGGAAAUGUGUGAGAGGGCGACCGCUGACUCAGCAGAGACAGCGGCGGGCCCAGGAAAAAGCUCUUUAGGGCUCUGUUUGUGUUUUAUUUUAAAACAGCUGGGGUUUCAAACAACAGUGCAAACUGAACAGGCACAGGAAACACAUAUUUCCCCCCCCCAAAAAUGUCAUUGGCGCUUCCCAGGGCGGCGAGGCUGCGCAGGGUGGACCAUGAGCAGCCAGAGCUGGAGCCUUGGGAGCGCGGUGCUGCGCCGGUGGGGCAGCCGCCGGUGGAGAGGGACGGGGGACAGCAUAGGGAGUUGAAGCCGCAGCAGCCUCGGGCCGGCCGUGGCGGUGGCGGUCUCCCUGCUGGUCGCGUCGGUCCCGCCAAUGAGCCGGGGGGCGGGGAGGGCGAGAAGGAAGACGAGUCCAUCCCACAUGCUGCCUGAUGCUCUCCUGAGCCGCGGACCUUGCGGUUUUCACGAAGGACCGGAACUGAGGCCUGAAAAGCCCGUCCGGGCUCACCGGGGCCUCAACCAGCUCUUUCCUCGUAGCUUUUGGGACGGUGGACUGCUGAAGUCACAGGAUCCGAUGGGUCUAGGUCUGCCAGACGGCCAUCCGGGCAGCGGUGACGUGGUGGUGGAGUUAGCCGCCAGCUUGGUGAAGGAGGACGCGAUGAGGGCGACGUUGGCGGAAGCGGAGUUCUGGAAGGCGCAUUGGUGGGUUCUGGGCAAUGCGGCCCAACCAAUGAGCUGCCUGGGAGGCCAGGAUGGGGUGCUGUCCGGGCGCCACCUGGACUGGCUUAACCCCGAAGAAGGUGGUGAGGGAAGGUUCCAGGGGGGGGACUGGGGGAAACCCCAGAUCCGAGAACCCCUCCACCUUCGUGAUGGGAACGUAGGUGGAGACCGGGACCCAGAGAACCUUCGGGUCCAUGGCAGCGCCCUCUUGAUACCACUUAAUCGGGGGAAAGCGCGGCCCGACCCGAUAUCGCUUAGCCGGCUGGCUAAGGGCGAGAACACCAGCCAUUUCAUCCGGUGGGGCAAACUCUUGGGCCAAGGGAAAGAGCAGGUGGCAGCAGGCAGAGGCACGCUGUAUGAAGGCGGGGAGCUCUCUGACGAGGCCGCCAAUGGAUGGCAGAGAGGUGGCGGCGGACUGCGGGAUGGAAACAUAGCCAGCGGGAGCCCCCUCGAGGCUGGGAUUGCCCUCAUGAAGGCCAGAUUCCUGGUCGAUGUUCUCUGAAGGUUGGAACGGGGGGAGAGGGGAGCGACUGGGGGACCCGUGGGGGGAGAGGGUGGAUUCGUCCGACUCCUGCUCCAUCAGCAACAGCAUCCCCAUCACUUCGUCCAGCGAGUGUGUGGGCUGGCACACUUCCUCGUUGAAGAUGGUGAAGUUAUCCGCCCGCCGUUGAUGCUCUUUGGAGGAGAGGAGAGCGCAGUACAGGCAGCGUGACUCGGAGGUGAGUGCCCACCCGGCAUAUGCCGGGCCGAGGCAAGCCUCACGUCGGGGAUGGAGAUCCCCCGGCAGGAUGAAGCCCGUCUUGCAGACCUCGCACAGCCGGAUUGAAGUGGCAUUGCCUCGCCCCGCUCUAGCCAGCAGAUUGGAGGACUGCAGUUUGUCAGAGAUCAGCUGUGCUUCUCUGGCCUCAGCUCUGAAGUCCAACCCCUCCCAUCUGAGAGAGCUGGAGCUGAGCAGGAACAGCCUGCAGGAUCCAGAUGUGCUGCUGCUGUCAGAUUUUCUGGAGAGUCCACACUGCAGACUGGAGACUCUGGGAUUGAGGGGCUGCAGUUUGUCAGAGAUCAGCUGUGCUUCUCUGGCCUCAGCUCUGAAGUC